AUGUCUGGAUAUUGUGUUCCGGUAGAUAUAGUGGAGCAAAUCCUCCGUCGCCUACCGCCUAAAAGCGUUGGGAAAUGUAUGACAGUGUGUAAAUCAUGGAACUUAUUGAUUAAAAGCCACAGCUUCUUAUCCUCUUAUCAACAUCCCUCACUCUCCACUCCUCUCUUCCUUGUCAAGACCUCACAUUAUCAGUAUCAUUGUCUAUCCUCCCCCUCAAAUAUGAUCGAACGCAGCUCGUUUCCAAAUCCUACAUGUGAGUACAGCUGUGUGAGCGCUGUCAACGGCCUCGUUUGCCUCGCUUCCUACGAGAAAAAGAAUUUCAUCCUCUUUAACCCUCUGACACAGAGAAGCCUCCGAUUCCCAUUCUCCCAAACAUUAUGUAACUCAAACAUAGAUCUCAAGUCUGGUUUGCCGUUUGGAUUUGGGUUUGAUUCCAAGAAGAAUGAUUUCAAGGUGGUACAUAUGUGUUACAGUACUGGCCGCCGCUUCAAUGUUCCUCCUAAGGUAGGGUUGUAUUCCCUCAACGAAGGACAGUGUGCGUUGGCUUGCCUACCAGAUUAG